UCCCAUACUAUUCAAAGGUUAGACCUACCAAGGUAAUCGUACAUUGCAUGGCAUGUUUCAACACACAAACCAUACUUUCCAAUAACGAGUGAACAUUGUCGCGUAACAUCCCACACAAUUCCGGUCCUGCAGCUUUAUUAAAGGAAGUGCUUCUUCCAGUACUUUCGCUCCAUCAACAUUAACCAAUUUCUUUGUAUUCAAGUCGUGAUUCAAAAACGGAUGUCGCGGUUCUGCUUUUCGGGAAACGUUAUGGUUUUGCCGGAUCUACCGAGUCUCGCCACUUCCGCAAAGGGGGUGAGACACCCAAGGCCCCGUCUCCCAUUGUGCUAACGAAACAGAUACCAGAUUUUGCGGUAAUAUGCAUUGCAGAUUUGUAAUUUCAUAUUCAACCGCGAUCAGCACGUCUUAUCUCCUUCUCACCUAUCAGUUUUGCGGCUCUCUCACGUGAGAUCGCUGUUUUCGGGCAAAAUUCGUAUUUUAUUUGUACGUGUAAUAUAGGCUUCGUCGCUACUCGGCGCUCUUGUGUUUCUGGAGCCGGCUAUAGGUAACCCAGUUUGGAUCAGCCAGUGUUUCGGUGGGUGCUGCACGUCGCUGGCAGAAGCAGGGGCGCUUCUGCUUGGAAAAGUAGCACAGGCGGCUUAUGAGCGGCCGCGACUGGCUGGGGGAUAAAAGAAGGGGGUAAAAACGAUCGAAGGGGGGAGGGGGGGCUGAAGUGCGGGGAUACACGGAAAAUGCGGGGUCUCCAGAUGCGGUGAUACACGGCGCUUUGGGCAAACAGCAGAUGCGAUGACUAUAGGUGGCAGUCAGAGGAAGUGGUUGCGCUGUGUCUCCAAACCCUGGCAGAGAUCACUGUAACGCACCAACCCCCCAUCACGCGGAAGCGCACAGAAACCCUGAGUACCAGCCUGCCUCGCCACAUUCCUCCUCUGCACCGUUGGGACCACCAUGGCCGUCCGCUUACUCUUCAUCGUGCUCCUCCUCGGCCACCUAGAGGUCUCUGUGACAAAGCUCGUUCCUCGGAUAUCCUUCCCCUUGGGCAGCCCGGGUCGGUCCGUCACAAUGUUCAGCAGCCCCGAUGUCCAGAACACCACGAUGGUGUCCCUCAGCAAUGACGGCCAGACGCUUUUGGUGGGCGCGCGGGAUUCCGUGCUGUCUCUGGACGUCAGCCGGCCGGGUGUCAUGGAGAUGAAGAGUAAGUUUGACUGGUCGCCAUCUUCCAAGCAACUUGACGACUGUUCUAUGAAGGGCAAAAACAAGGUGGACUGUCACAACUUCAUCCGAGUGCUGAAUUUCCUGAACGACACUCACGUAUACGUCUGCGGGACUCACGCCUUCAGCCCCCUCUGCACCUACAUAGAUUUGGAGAAGAUCAACCAAACUGCCGAGCUCAUCAGCAAGUCCCACGAUGGCCGGGGACGCUGUCCUUACGACCCCUAUCAGAAGAACACGGCCAUUGCUGUUGCUGGGGAGCUGUACACUGGAACGGUGGCUGAUUACAGAGGAAACCGCCCGGUUAUCUCCCGCUACCUGAGCCAGGGUAACCAUGCCGACCUGAAGCUGGACGACACCAUGGGCUGGCUGGAUGAACCCACCUUCAUCAGCUCGGAGUUCAUCCCCAGCGAGGACAAAGUCUACGUGUUUUUCAGCGAGCUGGGCCGGGAGUAUGAGUUCCUCGAUAAAAUUGUAGUGUCCCGUAUCGCCCAGGUCUGCACGAGUGACAUCGGAGGCCAGCGAACCCUGCAGAGGCGCUGGACCACCUUUGCCAAGGCACAGCUGCUCUGCAAGAGCAAGAACCAGCUGCCUUACAAUGUGAUUUUGGACAUAGUCAGCCUCCCGCCACCAGAGGGCGCCUCAGAAGAUGGAAUGCUCUUUUACGGCAUCUUCGGCUCACAAUGGUCUGCGGGACAGUCGGCGGUCUGCAUGUUCCGGCUGGACGACAUAAAGACUGUGUUUGCGGGAAACUAUAAGGUGUUGAACAGGGACACCCUGCGCUGGGGCUCCAAGGUCCAAGACAAAUUGGCCAGCCCUGGACAGUGUGGGCUUCACAACGCCAGUGACACCACCUUGAGGUUUGUGAAGGACAACUUCCUGGCAGACCAGGCCAUACCCCCCGCAAGCCACGGAUUGACCAUGGUGUCCCCUGCCCACCGCUACACCAACAUCGCGGCCCAGAGGGUACGGGCAGCCAGUGGCAGGCACUACGACGUACUCUUCCUGCUCACUGAAUCUGGCUUUCUUCACAAAACAGUGCUGUUGGAAAAAGGCCCUCGGAUCAUCGAAGAGAUCCAGGUGUUUAAGAACCCACAGUCCAUGAGGAAUAUCCUCCUCUCUGACACGAAGGGUGUGGUUUUUGUGGGAUUUUCAGAGGGUGUCGCUCAGGUGCCCGUGUCAAACUGCUCGUUCUACUUGAGCUGCGCCGAGUGUGUCCUGGCUCGUGACCCCUUCUGCGGUUGGGACAGGUCCCAGAUGGAGUGCGUCGAGGUGUCCCCCGGCCGAGACGACCUAGGACAAGAUGUGGACGAGGGAAAUGUCAUGGGUGUGUGCACCGGGCCUAAAUCCAGAUCUGGUCUGAACAAAUCCAGCACAGCAGAGCAGCUGGUCCUCGUGACCCUGAACAAGGCGGUGACCCUGCAGUGCCGGGGGGCGUCCCGUUUGUCCACUUCGGACUGGUACUUGCCGAAAGGUCGCUCCCAUGACGACUACCUGUGGCUGCCGGACGGCGGCCUACAGUUCCUGGCUACGCCGAACGCGGUGGGCGACUACACCUGCUACUCGGAUGAGGACGGCCACCGGCAGACCGUCGCUGUGUACUCGGUGAAGCUGAAAUCCAGCCUGACACCACGCGGGAUUAACCCCUCCCACUCGCAAGGCCCGCCCCUCACGACAGCGCCGCGCAGACCUCCGCUAAGACGGCCCACCGAUGCGAGGCCGACAACCGAAGGGGGGGCGCUGACGAGCGGCCCCGCGGGCACCACUGCCGUUCACGUAGGGGCUGGAUCCACAGAGAACAACCAGAACCUGACCACGUUCAAGAAGCCCCAGCUGAUGGAAGCAGACUCCUCCGCCAAUGUGGGUCAACUGCCUUUGGCCAAUGAGAAGACCUACUACCGCGAGCUGGUGACCGUGUCCGUACUGCUGUCCCUCACGCUGUGCGCGCUUCUCCUGACGGCCCUCUAUGCGGUACGGCCUCGAGCCCGUGGCCUGCAGAUCUGUCCUAGUGUAGAGCCUGGCAGCGCCAACCAGGAGCGGGCCCCACUCAGCGGUGACUCGUCUGCCUCCGUCCUGUGCAAACAGAACGGGCAGCCGCAGGACAAGUGCCUGGCAGCGAGCAACGGGGCACUGCGGAGCUCCAACGGACACCUUCCCAACACCCCCUACGAGUGAUGGAGCCUCUCGGCAGUCGCGCUGAGAACCGGACUUGUGACCAGUGAGGCGUCCGCAGGACCUGAGCCAUCACCAAGACUGGAAGGGAGCUGGGUGAGAGUGAGCUAAGCUUCAGGGAGAGAGAACAUCAGCUCUCAUCGUUUAGACCCGGAUGAAAGAGCCUUUUUCGCGAAAUUUCCUCUUUUUCUAAAGCCAGAUCGCUUUUUCAUUAAAAACAUCCGUGGUGGUACUGAAUUGUAAUUUUUUUAAAUUAUUUUUUUUCCAAGCAUUUCCUUACCUGGUACGAUCUUCGAAUUUUGUCAGUUUGUCAGACUAAAUCAUCUUCGUGAUGAACAGAACUUUUAUAUUGCUUUAUUGCUAAAGCUUGCCAAAUCUUUUAUGUAUUUUAAGUUAUUAAAAUUUGCCACUUUCGGAAUCUAUUUUAGUAUACAGCUAUGAAGAAGAGGAAGUCAUUUUUAAGGUUAGAAACCUGCUUUAUUGAUACAAUUUUAAAAAGUCUAUUUUUAUACAUUUGACAGUGAUUUCUGCCAAAUAAAGGUAAUAAUAAAUGCA